AUGGGAAACAUCCUGCUAGUACUCAUAUUUAUUGGCAGCAGCUUAGCAAGCGGCUUUAUCGGAAAGGCGCUGAGUGAAUCACCCGAAACUUUGAGCAAGGCUGAGGAGACUCAGAUUCUUGCCGCUCACGAAAUCCUACAUCAGCACGAUAACGAAGUCAAAAACCUGCUUCAGCUAAGUCCAGAGCAAGAGCUAACCUUGCAUAGAAUUGAGGAGAGCUUGGAACCAUUACAACAUUACACUAAUACCAGCGAAAGUAUCUCUGUUGUCAACUCGCACUCGCCGAUAGGGAAUCUCUUGUACCAGAGUGACAUAGAGCUAACAAUUCAACAAGCGCAACAGCUUGCGAAUGAAGAAGCGGAAAUGAUUGCACAAAACGAAGGUGCUACGGAACUGAGCAGAAAUAAACGACAAGCAGCGGUCUUUGGUCCUGGUCAAUUUAGAGCUUGGCCAAAUGGCGUAUUGUACUAUUCGUUGCCUGUCGGUACAGAUCGUAAGAUACAAAGCAUCGCCAGAGAAGCGGCAGCUAUUUGGAUGAGGGAUACUUGUGUGAAUCUUGUUGAGGACAGAGAAGCGGAACAACGAGUUGAAUUUAACGUAUAUGCUCCAGUCUGCUCUUCCCUUAUAGGAUGGGCAAACCAAGGGGUGCAAUAUAUAAAAUUUGCAAAAGGAUGUCAUUAUGUUGGUACCGCCGUACAUGAAUUCGGUCAUGCGCUUGGAAUGCUUCAUACGCAUUCUAGACAUGACCGAGAUGAUUACCUCUUUAUCGAUCCAAAUCACAUUCAAAUAGGAGCAGAGCGUAAUUUUGUCAAGGAGACACCAGAAUCAAACAACAAUUAUGACAUUCCUUUUGAUUACGGAAGCAUCAUGGCCUACGGAGCACGAAGCAUGAUAGCCUACUCCCAGCACUUUAAUAAGGAAUCAUAUACUAUGGUACCCAAAGACAGGAAUUAUAUCGACACAUUGGGAUCACAAUUCAUUGCUUUUUACGAUGUGCUCAUGAUGAACAAGAUGUACGAUUGCUUGAAAAAAUGCGACGGAGUGCAACAGUCACCCGUGCAAGAUAGAGUGAAGCGACAAACGACGCGGAGGGUUGUCAUCACCACUAGAACAAGUAGCAACGGUGGUCCACCUGUGACCCAAACCCAAACUUUCACCAGCAACGACGGCGACCUUAGUGGCAUCCUUUCUGGCAUGAAUCUCAAUGGCUUUAGUCACCUCGGCGGAACUAACAGCCUCUUUGGGCGCUUAAUGGGUAAUCUUGGAGGGAUGGAAGGCGGUAAUAAUGGUCCGAGUAACAAUCAUCUGAACGGCCAUAAUGGUAACGGACUUAAAGGGGAAGAAGGCGAGUCGACUCGUCCAGGAGACAGAGGCUCAAGCACCGGGGGAUGGAGCGACUGGUGGAACUUACCCAGCAUAAUAGGUGGCAAACUUCCCGACUGGAUAUUUACAAUUGGUGGAAACUGGGACUGGGACUACACGGAAACCACAACAACUACACGCCGCCCACCCACCACCCCUCGCCCAACUACCACAACACGUGCUUCUACGAAAAAACCUAAGCACCACUCCAAAAAACCCAAAACCCCCACCCCCACCACCACCACCACCACCACGCCUGCGCCUAGGCCUGCGCCUAGGCCUACGCCUGCGCCUGUGCCUGCGCCUGGACCGUACGUCCCAUCUAAGCCAUUACCCGGUCCAAAGUACAACCAAGGAAAAUGCGCAAACGGUGGAUAUCCAAGCCCUCGCGAUUGCUCAAGAUGUGCUUGCCCACACGGAUAUGGAGGCCGUUUCUGUAACGAAAGGCCAGCAGGACCAGGAGAGAUACUGACAGCCAAAACAAGCGUACAAACUAUUAAGACCAGUGUGGGACAUGAGGGUGUGCGUAGAUCCGAUGAAAGAAUGGAUUACGUGUUUCACUAUUACUGGAUACAGGCUCCCGCAGGAAGGAAGAUUGAAGUGAAAAUUGUCUCGAUUGAAGAGAAACUUGCCACUGAGGGAUGCACCUGGCAAGCCAUUGAAAUCAAGUAUCAGAAAGAUCAACGCCUGACUGGACCUCGUUUGAUGGUACACGAUCAGCAGCAGCAGCAACAACGGCAAUUGCUUGAUCAUCGAGUUAAUUUUCUAAGCCCUGAAAAUAAAGCUCAUCGUUGUGUUUUUGUGCUGAAUGCAUAA